AUGGCGAGACAAGCAGCCGAUAGAUCCGGCCGCUGGCGGCCCCAGAUUCAUUUCUCACCGCCCGCCGACUGGCUCAACGACCCAAACGGCCUCUUUGUCGAUUCCAAGGGCGUAUGGCACAUGUACUAUCAAUAUUCCGACAACGUCGCCGGCGAUGGCGUGAAGAACUGGGGCUACACGACGGCCACCAACUUCUACAACUGGGUUGACCACCCCGUCGCCAUCCCCGCCACCGCGCGCGACGGUUCCAUCUGGUCAGGAAGCGUCGUCGUGGACCGGAACAACUCCUCGGGGUUCUUCCCUUCCAACCAGACCAGCGGCAAUGACAACAUCAUCGCCUACUACACCUCGUGGGAGCCGGACCAGGAAUCCCAGCACAUGGCAUGGUCCUACGACGGCGGCCAGACGUUCAACCAGUAUGCGGGCAACCCCAUCAUCUCACUCAACAGGCACGGGUUCCGCGACCCCAAGAUCUCCUUCCACCAUGAGACCAAGACCUGGGUCAUGGUCCUGUCGCGCGAGAGCGAAGUUGCCUUCUACACCUCGACGGACUUGUUCCUCCAGAUCCCCCGAAAGGACAAGUCGGGCGCCGUCGUGGGCGCCAAAUGGGUUCUGACGCUCAGCUUGGGAGGCGGCGGGCCUAACGGCAGCGCUCAAGUCGGGUAUCUCACCGGUGAAUGGGACGGCACCACCUUCACGCCCGACGCACCCUCCAGCCGCGCCGCGGGAAGAGACAUCCACGCGCGCCAGGAUACCUUCGCCCUGUACGACUUUGACUUCGGCCCCGACAACUACGCCACGGCCUUCUUCCACUCCCAGAACCUCGAUGACGCCAACCAGGACGCCUACUCCGUCACCUGGGCGGUCGACGCAAGCCACUACGGGUGCUGCACGCCGACCGACCAAGAGGGCUGGCGUCACUGCAUGGGCGGCGUGCGUCGCCACUGGCUCGACGCCGACACCAACAGGCUCGUGUCGGCGCCGGCGGGCGACCUGUCCGCGCUCGCGACCACGAAGCCCGGCUGGAGCCCCAUCAUUGACGAGCAGGGCGUCUCCGGCAUCGAGGGCAGCAGCGCCGUGAUCCGGGACUUCAACCCCGCCGUCGAGUGGACCCUGACCGUCCGCAUGGCCAAGUCUCUGCUCCAGGAUGGAUCGACCGCUUCGGCCCAGCUGGCUUUCAAGGCCUCCCAGUCCAGCGCCGACGAGUCGGUCACCCUCGGAUUCGAGUUCGCCGGCAGCUCAGACAACGGCGUUCCCUCGGCAAGCCUCAACAUCGCCCGGGCCAGCACGGCGUGGGACCGGUCUGGCACCUUUGGCGUCUCGGGCGUCCAGGCCCUCGACGCCGCGGCGGAAGAGGACGCCGACGCCAAGGUCGAGUUCACGCUGCACGGCAUCCUCGACCGGUCCAUUCUCGAGGUCUACGUCAACGGCGGCGUCGAGGCCGGCACCAUGCUCUACUUCACCGACAAGCCGCUCGACAGCAUCGUCCUCACCCGCGGUUCCGGGUCCAACGACCAGGGCAUCACCUUUGACUUCAAGGCCGUCGCGCUCAAGAGCUCGUGGGGCACGUACGACGAGAGCAACGUCUCGCUGUCCAAACAGGACAAGUGGAUCACGGAGGACCUAUGA